CAGUACUCCGGGACUCUUUGUUUGCUUCAUGUUGCACAGCACAGCACAGCAGUACUCCGUGGCUCUGGAAGGGACUACGCGUGACACUGUAGACGCCUUCCGCAGUAGCGCGUCAUUGGCCCUCCUUGUUCCUCACCUGCAAAAACAAAUUGGUACAUCACGGUUCGGAGUUGGAGCAGCAGCGUCACCAGGAGGAGGAGGAGGAGCGCAGACGUGGAGUUAGCGGAUCCAUUCAUUGCAGCUUUGCAGGGUGGCGGAAGGACCUGGUCUGGGUUGACAAUGAAUGAGCCGGAGGGCGAGAGACGGAGGUUUGACUGCAGGAUCCAGAGGGCGGAAACUUCCCUCUCUUCAAUGGGCAACAUGGGGGCAUCAAAUGCACUGGUUAUCAUAAGACCCCGAAGGCCGUGCCAAGGGCAUCCGGCAGCGCGUGCAAGAGCUGGAGGCUGAGGCUUGGCAAUUUGGCUGGAGAGAACUAUUGAGCGAGCGAAGGAACAGAAUGGAACGAAGCGCGCCAUUCGAACGUGGCAAACUUUCGUCACUGCUGCGACCUUCGGCAGUGACGAGGAGGAGGCCUCAAUGAUGUCGGCCAAACGAAGGCCGCCGCGAGCGGGGUUCGGGAACUGGGAGCACAGUUUUAACCAAGUUGUGGACCGUGCCAAGCGCUCGACAGCCGACCUCCGUCCAGUCGUGGCGAUGAAACGCGUUGUCUGCUGGUUCUGG